UUGGAAGAUUAAACCGCAACACUACAAUGGGGUCAAAACGAUCCAAUCCCUCGCCCAAGGCGGCGCUGCCCUUCAGAACAGGCAAUAAACUAAAAAGGCAAGAUUUACAUGUCAAGCAAAAGAAAGCCCGCGACAGCCAACGACGAGAUGAACGCUUCAGACGGAAACGAGAAGAGGACCGAGAUCCAGAAUUAAGGAGGGCAAGACUAGCCAAGAAUAUUCCUCAUACGAUUGACAAGAAACGUGUCUGGGAUGAUGUAGAUGGGGAUGGGUUAGACGUCAGUGUGGACGUAGAGCAGUUGAAGAGGAGGCGCAUAGAAGAAGCAGAGGCCGCCGAGCGGGAGGGGUCUGCCGCAGAUGAAGAAGAAGAGCACGACGACGAUGUGGACAGCAUGCUCGACCCCGACUCGGAUUCUGAGAAAGAAGGAGACGCAGAAGAAGACGAAGAAGAGAAAUCCUCGCGCCAACGGCAACGAGCAGCCUCCAACGCUCCGUCAACUACCAGCACCAACCUCGACCUCACGCCCUCCUCCCUCUCCCUCAAAUUCCCAACCCUCUUUUCCGACGAACCUCCUCCAGUACCUAAAAUACUAAUCACCACCUCUCUAAACUCGACUCUACACACCGAGGCCCAGCUCCUUUGCACCCUCUUCCCAAACAGCAACUACGUCCCGCGCUCGUCGCACCGCUACGGACACAAAUUCUCGCUGCGCGAGAUCUCCAAGUUUGCUGCGAACCGCGAGUACACCGCCGUCGUCCUGCUCAAGGAGGACUACAAGAAACCCACCGGCCUGAGCAUCGUGCACCUCCCGCACGGCCCCACCUGCCAUUUCUCCAUCGCAAACUGGGUCGAGGGCAAGAAGCUCCCCGGGCACGGAAACCCCACCAAUCACUACCCGGAGCUGAUCCUGAAUAACUUCCGCACGCCGCUGGGUCUGCUGACGGCGCGGCUGUUCCUGACUCUGUUCCCGCCCCGGCCGGAGUUGCAGGGACGGCAGGUCGUCACGCUGCAUAACCAGCGGGAUUACAUCUUCGUGCGGAGGCAUCGCUAUGUUUUUAGAGAGAAGCGCGAGACGGAGAAGAGCGUCACAGGGCCAGAUGGGAAGCCGGUCAAGGGCGUAGAGGGUAUCAGAGCCGGGUUGCAGGAGUUAGGACCAAGAUUUACGCUGAAGCUGCGGAGGGUGGAUAAGGGAAUCGGGAGAGCGGGGAGCGAGGGCGAGGAUGCGGUGCAAUGGCAAUGGAAGGCGCAUAUGGAAAAACAGCGCACGAGAUUCAAUCUCUAG